ACCAGUGCAGGAAGUGCGCGCGCUCUAUAACUGCCUUUCCCCAGUGCGCGUGUUAUUAUUAUCAGAGAGUUGCUGUGCGGGAAUAUGGCUUCACUUCACUGCGCGUGUCUUCUUUUGCUUUGUGCUUCUCUGGGUCUUUGCCACACGGUUUAUACCAAAGAUGGAGAGCAGCCUCAGCGCAAGAUUUUCCAUCAGUGGUGUGCCCUAAAGAUGGACGAAGGGCCCUGCAAGGCGAUAAAGGACAGAUUCUACUUCAACACUGAGACUUUCCGUUGCGAGCCGUUCGAGUUCGGAGGCUGUGGGGGCAAUGAGAACAAUUUUGAGACGCUGGAAGAAUGUGAAGAAAUGUGUCUGGAGAAAGACACUAAGAGUCCAUGCCACCUGGUGGACGAUCCGGGCCCGUGCCGUGGCCUGGUACCUCGCUACUACUUUGACAGCAAGUUGAACGAGUGCAAGCGCUUCUACUACGGCGGCUGCUUCGGAAACGCGAACAACUUCAGGACCUUUAAAGAAUGCAAGAACCGAUGCCAGCCAGGUAAUGACACAGAGGAACCACAAAAUGGCCCAAGAGAAGAGAAGACAGACUUUUUCGCCAGACCAGUCGUUAUACACGAGUCUCACACAGAGCACGUGUCUCACACACAGCCUCUGAGGCUGCCGAUGCCAGAGUCUAACAUGGACCCAGAGUUCGUUGUUCCGGAUUACUGCCUGAGAUCUUUCGACGAGGGCGGAUGUGAAGGCACAGAGAAGAGAUUUUUCUACAACUCCCAAACUAACCGCUGUCAGCCCUUCAAGUACAGCGGCUGUGGAGGAAACAAGAACAACUUUGUCUUAAAGAGGAUGUGCAUGAAAACCUGCAUGAAAGAUUACAGGAGAAAUGGCAGAAUACGAAUAAAGUCCAAGAAGGCCAGCAUCUUAUUCCGGUCCACCUGAAUCCAUUGAAUCACUCAGAUUUUCUGUUAACUGUGUAAUAUUAGUAUUUUAUAGAUAUAUCAUGUCAAUUAUACACUUUGUUAUCCUAUUCUAUGUAUGUGUAUAUUUCUAGUGUUACUUAUUAACCAUUUAGAAAGUAACCUUAAGUGCCUUUUUUUUUUCUUUCUUUUUUUUAAAUCCAAUAUUCAACCAAUUUUUCUGCACAUAUUUGGGGUUUUGUGUUGUUCAGAAGGUUUGAAUUCAGAUCCCAAGACUGUCAGAGAACAUUGAGCCCUCAAUCAAGACUUUUACCCCUCAUGUGAAGUAAAGAAUCUUAAACACAAUAUCUGUGUAUAUUGGCAAACAGUGUAAUAAGGUUUUAGAGUGAAUCUCUCUGAGGCCCUCUCCUCUACUGGCUGGCUGCAGUACAGGAUUUAGCCCCGCCCGUUUCCUGGGAGGUGAUUGAAAAAGAAUCCAACCUUUUUACAUCUGGCUCAUUUGAAACCUAAACGUUGUUCGAGUGUAAAGGAAAUCUGGAGCUGUUCGCUUGCAGUGAGAAGGCAAUAUGAUCCAACGAACCAACCUGUAUAGCAAUGUCUGAUGAGAGCUGCGCUAAAUAGCAUGUUUGGAUGGUGUUAGCUAUUGGCACGCAACAUGAAUCGUUGCUUAAUAUGUAUGAUAGAUCUUUGGUGAUGAAGAAUUUCGUGGGUGAGCACUUUUACCAGUUCAACAGCAAAGCGCGCCACUUUAUUUUAAAAUGAUGUCUCUGAAACAGCUGAAUUGAAGUAAUGCUGUAACAAUGAAUCCUAGCUUCCCACUCAAAUAUGAUAAAAAUGAUAAAUCACAGAGCUUCUGACUGUCCAUCUUGAUGGAUCAAAAAUGUGAAUUAUUUGAUGAUUAAAAACGACAUAGUUGAUGAGGUGAUUGACAUUUUUAAGGAGGUAAUACAUUCUAGCCUUCCAACACACACACACACACACACACACACACCUGAAGCCCAGCUUUGACCUAAAAACAAAGUGAUGGCAUAAACCUGGAUGGCUAAGUCAAGCUAAAUUUCAUGACUACUUUCAUAACUGUGACCUAAACAUACACUUGAUGCAGCUUGGUAAGUUAACUUUUCAAUACAGAUGUAUAACUUACAGCAGGUCUCAGAGAUCGAGAGAGAAGAAUAUGCAUUAUAUAUAUAUAUUCAUAUAUAUUCAUUACACUAGCUACUUAUAGUUAAAAUUCUGCAGUGAGCAUGACGGAUUAGCAAACAUCCACUAGCUAGCAAAUGGUAGCUCAGUCAAUCGUGGCUCGAAGCUCUAAAAUCUAGCUCCAGUUUUCACCUGAACAAACUCAGGAAAUGGAUUGGAAGAUGGAAAAUUUCAACUGAGCCCGAUUCAGAACUUACUAUUACUUUAACGAUUACUCAUCUAUACAAGCAUUGCUGUGAAAUGAAUCAGUGUAGAUUUCAGUGGUGUUCAGUAUCAUGUUUUAUUAACCGAGUAGGAAGUGCAUGAGAACACAAAAAUGUGCACAAGGUGUGCUGCUUUAUUUUCUGUACACUGUUUAUGUGUAUAUACAAUAUAUUCAUUUUGCUUACUUUAUGGUGAAAUAAAUAUGUAGUGUGA